AGGCGUCGUCCCCCUGCGCCGCUCCGCCCGGUGGCCGGCUGAGGCUGCGGCCCCGGGCUCUGCGGCUCCGGCUCCGGCUCCUUCCGCGGCGAAGCCGUGUACCGCCGCAGCCAUGUCCCGAAAGCAAGCGGCGAAGAGCCGGCCGGGCAGCGGCGGUCGCAGAGCCGAGGCAGAGCGCAAGCGGGAUGAGCGGGCGGCGCGCCGGGCGCUGGCCAAGGAGCGGCGGAACCGGCCCGAGCCUGGCGGCAGCGGCUGCGAGGAAGAGUUUGUGAGCUUCGCCAACCAACUGCAGGCCCUAGGGCUGAAGCUGCGGGAGGUGCCGGGGGACGGCAAUUGCCUGUUCAGGGCUCUGGGCGACCAGUUGGAGGGCCACUCUCGGAACCAUCUCAAACACCGCCAGGAGACCGUGGACUACAUGAUAAGGCAGCGGGAGGACUUUGAGCCCUUCGUGGAAGACGACGUUCCCUUUGAGAAGCACGUGGCCAGUUUGGCAAAGCCUGGUACUUUUGCUGGCAAUGAUGCAAUUGUAGCCUUUGCAAGAAACCAUCAAUUGAAUGUGGUGAUCCAUCAGCUUAAUGCCCCUUUGUGGCAGAUUCGAGGCACGGACAAAGGCAGCGCGAGGGAGCUCCACAUCGCCUACCGCUACGGUGAACACUAUGACAGCGUCCGGAGGAUCAAUGACAACUCGGAAGCGCCGGCUCAUCUCCUAACUGACUUCCAGAUGCUUCAUCAAGACGGAGCAAAUAAAAAAGAGAAGAUGAAGACAAAAGGGGUGGACGUUAAAGACGGCUUGAGAGAUAACGUGGAAGAUGCUGUCCACAAAGUUGGCAGUGCAACUGGAUGCACGGAUUUUAAUUUAAUAGUCCAGAACCUGGAAGCUGAAAAUUACAACAUUAAGUCUGCAAUAACUGCCCUGCUUCAGGUGAACCAGGGGACAGGAAACGAUGCGGAGGAGAACCGUGAGCCUGGUGACAGAGUGAAGCAGCGGGGCCCUUCACGUGAGGAGGCAGGCAGCGGCUGUAGACUCUCUGGAAAUCAGGGCAGAAAUGAAGGCAGGAUGGAGACCAGUGAGGCUCGGGCCAGCCCUGCUGAAGAGAGCAAAGCACACAAGAGCCAGCUCCCAAAGGUCACGAACAAGCAGCGGCGGGAACAACAGCGGCUGGAGAAGAAGAAACGUCAGGAGGAGAGGCACCGCCUCAAAGCCCUGGAGAACAGAAACGGCAGCAGGGACACGGGCAGAAGCGAGGCAGACGUGAACACGCAGGUCACCUUGGUGAAGACCUUCGCUGCUCUGAACAUCUGACUCUCGGGCCCGAGAGGUGAAGGAUGUACCUACACUGCAGACAAGGCUUCCCAGCCACACCUCCUCCGAGGAUGAGACAACUGUCAGCGCCCACACAGGAGCCCACAGGAGCCAGUGUCCUUCAAGCUGUUUUGUUGUGUGACGGUGUGGUGACACCAUUCACCUCCUAGAACUCAAACAAAACACUGAGCCAUAGGCUGGUCACAGAGCGGGGCCAUAGGCCGGUCACAGGGCGGGGGCUUUGUGUGCCCUGCGGGUCAGAGUGUGGUGGGUCUAGGCUCUUCCUGGAUGCAUGGGGUGGGUUCCUUGUACCGAUUCUUGAAGUCGCUCAGCACAAUCAUUAGAGACCUUCAGUGACAA